AUGGCUAGAUUUCGUCUGUUUAGGCUGUUGGGCUGUGGACCCGAUGGCGAAGAUGCCGACCCACUAGAAAAACCGGCUGUCCCGCCACCCGAAUACCGAAGUGUUGUCGGGGAUCUAAAUCCCGCGAUACAGGGCCUUCCGAGUGUUCAGCCAAGAAAAAUAGGGGUUUACCUCUCUCCUGCCAAUGAACUGGAGAAUGACGACAAUGAGAAGAAGUGGGCGGGAAUUGUGGAUACUGCCAGCAAGGGCAAGGGCAACAAGGGCAUGGGCAAUGGGCAGGUUAAGGUUAAGGUUAAGGGUAACGUUAUCAGUGGAGUCGAUGAGGUGAAAGACGGGGAGCAGCGCAAAAGGGACAGCUCAGCCCCACAGAUAUCACGACAGGAUGAGCUACGGCAACGGCAGUUCCUGACGAAACGAACACCCAACAACAACACCUUCCUCAUGCCUAACGGCAAGGAAGUGACCUUGCACACCAACGAUGAUUUUGUCCAGGCUACCCUUGCAGCGGCGCAGACGAGCGACGAGGUUUUGGGUCAAUGGCUCGCGAUGAGCCACGGGGUUGAUACGAGGGACUCGAGAAAUUGGACAGCUGUCAAGUGGGCCAUGCACCUGAAUCAGCCCGAUGCUGUGCGCAGGCUGAUUGGUAAGGGUGCGGAGGUGAACAUGGUCCUCCAAGGGAGAUAUACGGACUUACAUCAUGCAGUUUCACAGGGGGAUCAGGAACUGAUUGUAAAUCUGCUCAAGUACAGAGCAGAUAUCAAUGUUACGGACAAUGAGGGGAACACACCAUUACACUGUGCGCUGAACCACUGGUUGAAAAUCACAGAUACAUAUAAAGAUAGAGGUGAUGACUUUGGUUUACCCAUAAUCAAGCUGCUUGCGGAAAAAGGUGCGGAUCUGGAAGCACAGAAUCGCUACGGAAAUACGGUGUUGCAUGAAGCGUGCAUAUAUGGCGAUGGGUUGUCUCUCAUAUUCCUGUCAGGCCAUAACAAUCCGGGCACGGAAAUUACACACAGGCGCCUCACGAUGGCUAAGUACCUACUCAAACUUGGUAUUCCCGUAGACACGCGUGAUAAAUGGGGCUCCACGCCGCUGUUGCGCUGCUGCACCAUGCGGACUCCUGAUCGCAAUGUCAUUGCGCUCCUGCUUGAGAACGGGGCGGAUGUUCAUUCAGCUAAUCGCCAGGGCGAUACAGUGCUGGACGCCGUUUGUUUCCAGCGGGAUACGGAGUUGUUGAAACAGGUCACGGAACGUGCUAUCAAAAAUGUCGCUGACACCAAUGCUGGUAACGACGGCAAAGAUAUCGCUCAUGCAGCGACAGCAGACCUCUUUAACAAGCCAACCAUCCUCUCCACCCCGCUGCACUACGCGGCCCAACACAGUGGACCAGACCGCGUCUUUUUCCUCCUCUCCCACGGCGCAAAACCGCGUACACCCACUUACGCCACAGGAGCAACCCCACUGCACCUCCUCGCCUCCACACCCAACGCCACCGCGACAGAUAGACCCACCUCCCCACCCCCUUCCUCACCCGUCGCCACCAACCCCACCGCCACAACUACAACAAUGACAAUGACAGCAAUUACAAACCCCAUCACUCAAAAAAUUAACCUCCUAACCUCUCACGGCGCAGACAUUAACGCUCGUGACCUGCGCGGCGCCACCCCUCUCCACUACGCAGCGCGUAACGUCGAGUCCCGUCACCAAGAGCGCAUCGUGGCGGCCCUGUUGGCGGCGGGCGCGGAACCUGAUUGUAAGGACUUCAGCGGGCGGACACCUCUGAUGGAGUUGGAGGGGUAUUGGGUGCUUAAGGGGGCGGUUGUGAAGAGGCUUGUGGAGGCCGGAGCGGAAAGGGUGGAGGGGAUGCAGGGGUUGGGCGGGUUUGAGUAUAUGGAUCGGGACGGGAUUGAAGGUUAG